CUUAGUUUUAUGUUUUCGAUAUGCUGGUUUAUUAGAGGGAUGACAUGAUGAUACACACUCGUGUACAGUAGGUGGCGGUAUGCAACCAAAAGCUGUUUGCGAUCCGCCAUUAAAAAGAGAAGGAGAAGGAGAAGAAGAAGAAGACUCCUUGCCGCUGCGUUAGCCGUUCGAUUAGCUCUCCGGUUCGCUAAAUGUAGUUAAGAGGAGAAACACAUACCAUGUUUAGUUUGAUAAUAAGCGAAGAGGUGGACCGACACCGGAAGCUGCCUGUGCAUGAAAGGACCCCGGGAAUAAGAACAGUUUUACCUUCAGAUGUACGAAAGGUGAUUGUUGGUGAAGGCGAGCAGCAGAUGGUUUCACUCUCACCUGCAGACGUCCAGCAGCUGGUGGUGGUUAAAGAAGAGGAUCCCCCUGAGCAGCAGGAGUGGAGCUCCAGUCUGGACCAGGAGGACCCAGAGCCCCCCCCUCACAUUAAAGAGGAACAGGAGGAACUCUGGAGCAGUCAGGAGGGAGAGCAGCUUCAAGGGCUGGAGGAGGCUGAUAUCAUUGAGUCCACCUUCACUCCUGUCCCUGUGAAGAGUGAGCAUGAUGAAGAGAAACCUCAGUCCUCUCAGCUUCAUCAAAGACAAACUGAACACAUGGAAGGAGAAGCCGAUGGAGAGGAAUGUGGAGGACCAGAACCAGCCAGGGACUCAGAUCCAGAGAGACAUUUACCAUCGGAGACUGACAACAACACGGAAGACUCUUCUGAACCUGAGACUGAUGACAGUGAUUUCUGGAAGGAGUCCAGGGAACGUCCGUCAGAUUUAAACUCUAUGGAAAAUGAUCAAGUCCCUGUAAGGGAUUCCAAACAUAGUGCUCGAGGGAAACCAUUUAGCUGCUUUCAGUGUGGAAAAAGAUUUAGCUCUAAGGGAGACCUGAAGGGACACAUUAUAACUCAUACAGGAGAGAAACCAUUCAGUUGCUCUGGGUGCAAUCAAAUAUUUUUGUGUGAAGAACAGCUUAAGUUACACAUAAUAACUCAUACAAGAGAGAAUUCCUUUAGUUGUUCGAAUUGUGAUAUACGUUUUGAACAAAACGUAAAUCUGACAAACCACAUUGCAGUCCACACACGGGACAAACUCUUCCACUGCUCUGUUUGUAACUCAGGUUUCAGUGAUAGUGAGGCUUUAGUUCAACACAUGAGGAUCCACACGACACAAACACAGUUUAGUUGCCCAAUUUGUAGUAAAGAAUUUGCCUGGAGAAGAUAUCUGACAAAACAUAUGGAUAUCCACAAAAUCUACAGCUGCAGUGUUUGUUCCAAAAAAUUCACUCGGCGUUAUCAGCUGAAAUACCAUCAGUGUGUUGGUCGUCAGUCCUCAAAGCCUCAUCAGAGCAAAACUGAGAACGAAGUCCUUGUCAGUAAUGAUAGGUGUAAUACUGCUGAAAAACCAUAUAGCUGCUCUGAGUGUGGGAAAAUAUUUGGCCAUAAGCACCAUCUGAAGAGACACCGGAGAUCUCAUACAGGAGAGAAACCAUUUAGUUGCUCAAUUUGUAAGAAGUAUUUUGCACGUAGGGAAACUUUACAGACACACAUGAGGAUCCACUCAGGAGAGAAACCAUUCAACUGCUCAGUUUGUGAUAAAACAUUUCUGCGCAAGGCACAUCUGAAAAGACACAUGGGAACUCAUACAGGGGAGAAACCUGUCAGCUGCUGAAUGUCUGGGAACAAAUAUAUAGAGGCAGUAAGUCUGACACAUUAUAGGAAUUAUGCAGAAACACACUGAAAUCCAAACAUAAGAACAUAUUUAUUCAGAUUGUAAUUAAAGUUUAAUUUAAGCAACACAAGUAGGCUGGUUAUUCUACAUUACUCAUUGUAUACCAUGUAUACAUUUAUUAAAAGUCUUAUAUAUAUAUAUAUAUGUUUUUUAUUUCCCCUACACAGCACUUUUGUUUGGACUUAAUUAUUGUCUCUGUUGUGAAGCUAAUUGUUUUACCACCUUGCUAUGAAGUAUGUUUAAAGUAUUGUAGUUGUGUAAUUGUGUACAUCCUCGUUUCUUGUUUAACGUGGCCCACAGAUUAUCCAUCCUCUUUCAUAUAUCAGAGUGAUUCUUCAUAUUCAGCAAAAAAAUCUGUUUCCUUGUUUAGAUAAGCACAAACUUUGUAUAUGGAGGGGAAUAUUUUGUGUUCACAGAUUUUUCUCAGUUUUAUUUAUAAACAUAUGAAUACAUAUUGUAACAACUGCUCAAGUUCUCUGAUUUCAUUGUUUCAUGAUGGCUUACAAACUGUUAGGUUUUACUUUAUAUAUUUAACAAAGUUGUGUAACUAAGCAGGGUGUUGCUCAGGAAACGUCUUGUAUAUUAUAUUUUUUUAUUUACUGAGAUAAAAACAUCCUAACAAA